AUGUCGUCCUCAUCGUCGUCGGCGACGACGAGCAAGCUCGUCCGCCCGGUGCCCUUCACGCCGAAGCGUCCGGCCUCCGCCACCCACCUCUCCGACGACUCGACCCGCCUCCCGCGCUCCACCACCCCGAGCGUGCUCGGGUCUGCGAAGAAAUACAAGGCUGCGCUCUCCACCGAGUCGCGCACCCGCCUUGGGAAGCCCGCUCUCGGCCUUACCUCAGUCCCCCCAACCCCGAGUCGGAGCAAGAGCAGGGAUGGCUCGCGUCCGAAGACCCCAAGUUCGCCGCGGAAGGGCACGGAGAGCCCCCUAUUGAUGCCGCAUGUGAGCGAGAUGGAUGUCAGCAGAAUUGACCCGGAGGAGGUCCUCGUCGAUGCUGAGACGGUCGAGCCGGGCGAUAUUUCGAUGGAAAUCGACGAAAGCCUGCUGAACGGCGACUACGGCAAGGAAGACAAAGUCCUUGUGUCCAUCAGGAUACGACCAACUGACAAUGCCACGGCCUGGGACGUCGCAUCUAAUACUCACCCGAGAACGCUCAAACUCCAGCAACAAUAUUCGAAAUCCGCCGCCGCGACUUCCCAAGACUUCCAUUUUGACGAAAUCCUGACCGGUUCCGAGAACAAGCCUGUGUAUAACGCCGUUGCGCGCAGCCAUGUAUGCGCCGCGAUGGACGGCUACAACGCCGUCAUCUUCGCAUACGGUCAGACGGCCAGUGGCAAGACCUUCACGCUCUCCGGAGACGAAGAUCAGCCAGGUAUCAUCCCCCGCGCGAUGAAGGAUGUCUUCGCAUACAUCCGGCGCACCACCAACCGCGAAUAUCUGCUGCGCUGCUCCUACCUCGAAAUUUACAACGAGGCCAUCCACGACCUGCUCGCCCCUCCCUCGUCCUCUGUCUCUCAACCCGUUCAAAUACAGGGCACCGGCCCGAACAUCGUGCUCACCCCCCUCCGUGAGGAGGUCGUGACAAGUUUGAAGGGUGUGCGCGAGGUCCUGCAACGAGGUGAAGGUAACAGGCGGACGGCGUCAACGGACUGGAACGAGAGGAGUAGUCGAAGUCAUAGCGUGUUCCGACUCGUUAUUGAGAGUAGGGAGCGAGGAAGCGGGGAGGAUGGUGUGCCGAGCGGGAGGACCACCCCUGGUUUCAGGCCACCUACUCCCGGUGGACCUCGUUUGCAAGCGCGAGGCGGACGCAGCGUGCAAACUUCAGUUCUGAGUCUCAUCGAUCUGGCUGGGUCCGAAAAGGCUACCUCCGACAAGGAACGAACAAGAGAAGGCAAGUACAUCAACACCAGUCUGCUCACCCUGGGAUCGGUCAUCUCGACCCUCGCGGAGAACACCGCGAAGGGCAAGAGCGACCACGUCCCCUUCCGAAACUCCAAGCUAACCCGCAUGCUUCAACCCUCCCUCUCCGGAAACGCCAGGAUCUCCGUCAUCUGCACCAUCAACCCCGAAACGUCCGCAAUCGCCGAGUCCACGAGCACCCUCCUCUUCGCGCAGCGCAUCAAGAAGGUGCAGCUGCACGCGCAGAAGAAGGAGGUCGUCGACACCGACGCCCUCCUCGAGCGCUACCGCAAGGAGAUCGAGGACCUCAAGAAGCGGCUCUCGGAGCGCGAGGCGGACGCGCCCGUGCGCUCGCGCCGCCUCUCCGCGCGCGAGCAGCUCGACGAGAGCCGCGCGAUGCACGACCUGAACACGCGCAUCAAGCAGCUUACGAAACUCAUUUUGACCAGCCAGACCGUCGACGAGAACAAGGGCGACGAGUCGCGCCCGGCGAGCCCGGCAAAGGUAGACUUCGACAUGUCCCCCUACCAGCUCCAGCAGGAGCUGCUUGCGGCGCGGCGCGAGAUGGAGACGCAGUCGACGCAGAUUCUGUCGCUCGAGGCGGCGCUGUUGGCGCGGCCGCAGCUGCCCCCGGAUGCCCCGGACAGCGAGAAGGACAAGCUGCUUGCGGAGCAGGCGAAGACUAUCCGCGAGCUCGAGAUCGUCGUGAAGGGGUACGAGGAGAACCUCGGCGAGCCGUUGCGGGCUGUGCGCGAAGACGUCGAGAAGGAGUGGGCGGACCGCUUCGAGAAGGAGGUGCGCGCGCGCCAGGAGAAAGAGGUCUGGGCGGACGAACUCGUCAAGCAGCUCGAGAAGGAGCGCAAGACGCGUAUGAAGCUCGAGGAGGAGCGUCAGGCUCUGGCCGCCUUCGUCAAGAAGUUCGACCAGCUCGGACUGGGUGGACUCGUGGCGCCCCCGCUUCCACCUACGAAGUUCAACCCUCCUAUGCCCACUCCUGGCGGCGCCGCUGCGGUCUUCGCGCAACGACAGCUUAGCCGUAUUUCGAUGCUCAAGUCUGAACCCCCUUUGGCACCCUUAGCGGAGACCGAGUCCCCGAUUCGCCUGGGCGGUGUUGGGGUGGCCGAACCCAGUCUGAUGGAGGAGCAAUGGGAGGACAUCAUCGCGGACGUGAGCAUCGAGUUGGAGAAGACGGGUAUGUCCCCGACGAAGAGCGGGUUCAUGUCGCGGAAGCUGAGCCAGAGCCCCGUAAGGGAAGUCCUGAGCCAGAAGGAGAACGUGCCCGUGUAG